UUUGCACUAAUUUGCAGAAGAAAAGCUGUGGAAGUGUAGUGUGCUCUGGGGGAAUGUUAUAUUUGGUCUUCCACAGUAAUAGAAGUCUCAUUAUUUAGCCUCUCAGUGCUCCAGGAUACCGUGCAAACAGACCGAGUGACCCUUUGUCAGGCACCUCGUCCCCUCUCAGGAUCAUUACGGCCCUUAGCCAUCAAAUGUCCCGGCGCAGCACGGAGAGGCCAGGCGGACGUCCCUCAAGUGCCCUUCAUUCAGUUAGUAAAACAGAUCUGGAGGCAUAGAAGAGGACACGCUUGGGGUGGAAUUAAGAGACAUAUUAAAACAGCAGGACUGGGAUCAUGGACUGCUGCCAAUAGGAUCUAACUUCACGGAUCUGACCGGAUUUGUCAAUUGAAUUUGGUGAUCCACACGACCCGGACAAACCUGGCCACCUCUUCAGAAGCAACAGAGGGUUUAAAUGCAUGAAGUCUGACCAUGUGCUGUCUAAUCACAGUGCAUAUGCUCUAAAAGUAUGGAUGUGCAAAAGUCAUUUCUGAGUCCUGCAAUGCUUGAUUUGGUCACUGACGUGGACUUCAUGGAGAUAUGCAUGCCAAGCACACCCGGUCUGGCCCUAAAGGAGACCCGCAGCACCGACAGCAAUGGACUGUACCAGGACUUGACAUCCAUCCACGCGCUCGACAUCUCAACAGCUCGAUCGGAUGACUUUUACGACCUGUCAUCGAGCACCUCGUCUCCGGUGAGCGCCAGCAGCGGGAAACCCAAACGCAAACGGGUGAUCAGCACCGUGCAGCGCCAGGCCGCGAACAUCCGCGAGCGCAAACGGAUGUUCAGCCUCAACGAGGCGUUCGACCGGCUGCGCAGAAAAGUGCCCACGUUCGCCUACGAGAAGAGACUGUCCCGGAUAGAGACUCUGCGCCUGGCCAUCGUCUACAUCGCCUUCAUGACGGAUAUUAUCGAGAACAACUGAAUUUAUAGUCAAUAUUACAA